GCCGAGGUCGUCCGGGUCCGCUCGGUAACCGGCUCCCGCGCCCAGCGCGACUCCGGGGAACAGCCCCGCGCGCGCGGCCGGCCUCGUGCGCUCCGGAGCCGUCGGCAAGCCUCCACCUCUAAAAUUGGCUGAUUGCUGACUACAAAUCAUAAUGAAGGGCAGAGAACCUCUAAUUCAGUUUUAAACAGUAAGAUCUAAACAGAAGCCUAUGGCUGGAACUUACGGAGCAAUGGGUGAUGAUGGUUCUAUUGAUUAUACCGUUCAUGAGGCCUGGAAUGAAGCCACCAAUGUGUACUUGAUUGUAAUCCUUGUUAGCUUUGGGCUCUUCAUGUAUGCUAAGAGGAAUAAAAGAAAAAUUAUGAGGAUAUUCAGUGUGCCAUCUUCAGAAGAGACUUUGUCAGAGCCCAACUUUUAUGACACAAUGAACAAAAUUCGCUUACGCCAACAACUGGAAAUGUAUUCUAUUUCAAGGAAGUAUGAUUAUCAGCAGCCACAAAGCCAAGCUGACAGUGUGCAGCUGUCUUUGGAAUAAAUGAGCAGCAGAGAGAAUUGUGAAGUUUUGCAGCAACAUUCUCCCCAUCCUUCUUUAAUGAACCCAUCAUGUCUGCAAUGAAUUCUGUCCAUAUAAAGUCACUUUACUUGUGACUUUCCCACAUUUUUUGUAUUAUGUGUUGCUUUUCAAAUUGCUUUUUCCUGUCACUUGUUGCACAGUGCAAAAGGGCUCAGAAGGCCUGAACACAAACAGAUCCUACAUACUCAGGAAAGUGAGCAUAACCAGAGAGGUUUUCCCUUGUGAGAAUCAGUAAGAAACAAAACUUAUUUCUGGAAGCAAGAAUCCUGGAGCUUGUAUCACCUUGAUUAGAAUGUUCUUGCAAAAUUAUAAUCUAGUCAUUGAAAUAACUUCCUCUUAGAUUAUAUUCUGUUUUUAAGUCAAAGUCAGUAACAGACUAAUUGUGUCUUCUUACGAUUAGUGACUUUUAAACUCCAUUAAUGAUCAUUGCUUUUAUAGAACUUCUGUAGUACACUGUAGACCUGGUAGUGUAUUGUACAUCAGGAGGCACAGCAUCUACCUUUCUAUAACUGGGUUUCUCCCUUCAUCAUGUUCCCAGGAGGAGUUUUACUUUGUUUUACUUCAGUCCUGUCCCAUCAGGAGUGGCUUCUCUAGGCUAGGCUGGGCCAUGCUUUGGGCAUAGGGGCCCCUUUGCCUUGGUGUUGGCCACUUGCUUUCUCAGUCAUACCACUGUAGCUGUUUAGUGUUGCAGUCUAAUUUCUUCUGCUUAUUGAAUAAGGAAUUUUUUUUGGAAGACCCUCUUGUCUUACACCAUUUUAUAUUGUGCAACAAAGUGUUUUUACCUAAUUUUCCAUAUUUAUCUAAAAGCUGGCUGAAAAUAGUGGUUGGGAAGUUCUGCUAUACAUGUAACUCAAAGAAUCUGUCUCUGAAUUACAGCUACUCUUAAUUUUAAAAGUUAGUCUUAUUUCUAGUAUUAUUUCCUUUGUCUUUGUUUUGUUUUUGUUUCUGUUUUGUUUUUGAGACAGGGUCUUACUGUGUAGCCUACACUGGCCCCAAACUUGUGAUUUUUCUGCCUCUGCUUCCAGAAUGUUAGCAUUACUGGCAUGUGUCACCAUGCCUAUUCUUUUCUCAUUUUUAAUAUGAAAUUAAAAUGCAAUUUUUUAUAAAAAUUAAGUUUUAGACCAAACAAAAUCAUUCAGGGAAAUUACAUUUACUUUUAAAACAUGUAUAUAUCUAUUUGUCUCUAUCUCUCCACAUAUAUAUUACAAGAUGCUUAAUUGGACAAAUGGCUAGAAGUAACAGAGUAACCUGGGGACAGUCUUAAACUUUUCUUUGUCUUAGGGGAACUCCCUAGUGUUUUCAUGAGCAGAGAACUUAAUGGAGAGCAGCAGUGUUUAGGUACACUGAUGAUGUACUGUCUGGACACAUCAUGAAACUGGCUAUUUCAAAUGAUUUGUAAAAAUAAUGUAUGUGAAUAAAUAGAAAUCACAAUGAAA